AUGGCUGACCAAUUAACUGAAGAGCAGAUUGCUGAGUUCAAGGAAGCGUUCUCUCUUUUUGACAAAGACAAUGAUGGUACUAUUACCACUCGUGAAUUGGGUACAGUUAUGCGUUCGCUUGGUCAAAAUCCAACGGAAGCAGAGUUGCAAGACAUGAUAAACGAGGUAGAUGCAGACGGUAAUGGAACCAUCGAUUUUCCUGAAUUCUUAACUAUGAUGGCUCGUAAAAUGAAAGAUACAGAUUCCGAAGAGGAGAUAAAAGAAGCAUUCAAGGUUUUUGACAAAGAUGGUAAUGGUUUUAUUUCUGCUGCUGAGUUGCGGCAUGUAAUGACGAAUCUUGGCGAAAAACUUACCGACGAAGAAGUCGACGAAAUGAUUCGUGAAGCUGACGUUGACGGUGACGGUCAAAUCAAUUACGAGGAAUUUGUUAAAAUGAUGAUGACCAAAUAA